GUGUUGCCUCAGGGCGCAGCAUUUGGAUUCAAACAAUGGUGUGGUGCUGUAGAGGGAUUAAAGAUAGAAUAAAAGGUUUACUAGUAAGAAGUUGUCUUAUUAGCCAGCGUUGUGAAGUUACAUUCUUAUUCCGGUUGAAGCUAUUUGAUAUUAUUCUGAAUCAUAACUACUUUGCAACACUUCGGAGCCGGGUUUACACCCCGCGCGAGCCAGUAGGUUUAAAUGAUGUCACGGAUACUCCAAAUGACCAAAUAAGGAAAGUGACACAUGGAAGUGGAAUUUGUUCUGGUCAGUUUUCAGCUUUAAUGAGUAGAAAGCUUUAGUGUGUAUAGCGCUUCGCCAUGUCAUAUAUUUUGUGAGUGUUGGUGUGUGCCACCGACACAACGCCUCGUUGUUGUGUGAAUACCUCUGUGUCCGUGUGUCAGUGAAUGUGUGUAAGCGUUGCUUUCUUGAGGAAAGAGAAAAGAGGAAGCAGUUCCGCCCUCAGAAGCAGCCCGGAGGCCGCGGAGAAAAGAGCCGAAAGAAGAGAAAAGAAGCGAACGACAGAGUACGCUUUAAACCCAGAACACGGUGUUAUUCUGCCGGUUAGUGUUUCGGCGGAUGGACGGUGGAACUCCGGUGCUGUGUUGAAAAGCUCGUUGGAGAAAAUUAGCUUCAUUUGAAUAAGUUUCAGUUUGAUAAAAUCGUCCAUGCUGGUGUCUUCUGCCAACAUUAACAGGCGACUUUACUCGAGCUCUUCGCUUCUGGAUCGUGUCUUUGGACCUUGGGUUAGCUCCUAGUCAACAGUGGGUCUCUGGUUGAGGCCCUUGAAGCUUUUUGAUCCGAGUUACAAUACAGUAUGAGCGGAGAAGAGGAAAGAUUCAAACUGGUGGUGGUGGGAGGAGGAGGGGUGGGGAAGAGCGCCCUGACCAUCCAAUUCAUCCAGUCCUACUUUGUGUCAGACUACGACCCCACCAUUGAAGACUCCUACACCAAGAUCUGUACUGUGGAUGGAAAGGAGACCCGGCUGGACAUCUUGGACACAGCAGGUCAAGAGGAGUUCGGGGCAAUGAGGGAGCAGUACAUGCGCUCAGGAGAAGGCUUCUUACUGGUGUUUGCGCUUAACGACCGGGGCAGCUACCAUGAGGUCCAGAAAUUUCACACCCAGAUCCUGAGAGUGAAGGACCGAGAUGAUUUCCCCAUGGUGCUGGUUGGAAACAAGGCUGACCUGGAACAGCAAAGAGUUAUCUCGAGGGAGGAUGCUCAGGCAUUCGCCAGAGAGAACAGGAUCCACUACAUGGAGGCUUCAGCCAAGAAUCGAUACAAUGUGGAUGAGGCCUUCCUGGAGCUGGUGCAAAUUAUCAGGAGGUUUCAGGAGAUGGAGAGUCCUCCUCCUCAAGCUCAUCAUACAGGGAAACAGAAGAGUGGUGGCUGUCCCUGUGUCCUCCUCUAAGUUACUAUGGACACCAAAGCCUCAUCCCUUUACUGCUUUUCCAGAAAGGAGUGUGUGUGUGUGUGUGUGUGAGAGUGAGAGAGAGAGAGAGAGAGAGAGAGAUAAGGUGCAUCAUUUUCUUUCCAAAUGGUUUCAUUUGCACUUUUGCCAAAAGCAACGUUUGUGUUUUAUUUUAAUGAAAUCAUCUGAAGAAGCAGCAGCAGAAUUAGUUUGGUGGAGAAACAGGAAGUCAGUACUCUGGCCGGUGUACCAGUGACAUCAUGACAUUACCGUACAAAGGUAGCAUCCACAAAUAAAAAUCACACCAUCACGUGUUGUAAAAAUGACCAAACUGCUGCAGGUACAGAUGUCAGCAGUGACUUUGCCACCACACAGCUGACUUAACACUUUAUUUCCAAUACUAUGUUUUUCGUGUGCAAAAAGAAAUGUGCAUGUAAGAUUUCAGCUUGGUGCUCAUGGCAUGUGGCAUGCCCAAAAAUGAAACAUCCAUGUUCCACGCCUUUCUGAAGGGGGCAGCAGAGCCCCACAGCAGAAUUAUACAAGGAAAGGGAGGAAGCGUGGCAGCAGUUCCAGGCUAUAGUGAUGUUUCUCCCUAUCUUUUCACCUGCAGUGCCAUAAUGAGACUGAAGUUGAGAUUGAAAACAUCCAUAAAUACCAGAUGACAGUUCAAGGGCCUAAACAGAUUGUACAUUAUCCAGAUGCAGACUGUUUCAGUAUGGGAACUCUUGGUCGGUUUGCCGUGCAAUGCCUAUUGAAAAUUUGACUAAAUUAAGGUUACAUGAACUUCAAGCUGGCAGUGCAGUAUUCACAACAGCAGAAGUUGUUUCUGUGUUUCACAUUUUAACAUUUGCAACAUGUUGGGCUGAAACAAAUACUGUCUGGAUCAGAGGUCUUCAACCUGGUAGCCUGUGAGUAGCCUAUGAGCUGUCCAGAGAUGUUGUGUAAUGUGAGUCUUUUCACAUGUGAAAGUCCAAACCAAGGUUUGAGAUUUUGUUACACUAUACGUUUGAUCUAGGUUUGGUUUCGCAUUGCAGUUUAGCUGAGUCUUGGUCUCUACUUGCAAUUGAUUGGUUUAUCGACGGCCGUUUAUCUGAUGUCAGCUAUAAGUGUGGCAGGUAGCCUUCUAUCACAGUUGGAAUGAAUGGAGUAAAUGUAUUUGCCAAUAUAAUAUUACUAUGGCAUUACUACCAGCAGCACCAACUUCAAGCGCAAUAAUUGAGUCUACCUCGAAUUCACCAAAUGUAGUGUGAAAAUUGUCUGCCAGAACUUCCUGUAAUUAGUCCAAUAGUUAGAUUUACCAUUCAUAAGAAUGUUUCCAUACUAGAAACAAACCAAGCCAUGGUUCAGUUUGGUCUACCACCUAAUUUGGUCGCACCUAGGUUAAGCUGUUUAGUCCGGACUGUGGUCUCAGGGAGGUUUCACACCUGUAACUUUGGUUCGGAACAAACUGGAAAGUCCGGACUGUGUCAGAACAUUUAAAUACAUUACCUAUACAUUUUUAUUGAUUAAAAAAGUAUAUUGUGACUAUAAUUUAUUACAUAUUACAUAUUCCCACUUGAAACCAGGCUUCCCUGUUCUGCCCUUGCCAACUUUCUCUGAGCUGAUUUGUAGAUUUUCAUGAUCUAUCAGUUAAUUGGUGGAUUAGGCGAGUAAAUGGACUCUCAGUUCUUAUCAGUAGAUUUCUCUCAAGAUCCUUCAGUGUUAAUACAACCACCAGAGAAGAAAUAACUUCCUCAUCCACAAUUCCAAUUGGUUUAACCCUGUACGUAGAAAAUGACUAAAGGUGCAGAUACACGCCUCUAUGUAAUUCUAUUGAAAGCAUCAAUUUAACAUGGAUGUUCAUCAAAUAUCCAUAGCAGCCCUGCCAUUCAUUUUCUCCUUUAGGUAGCCCUCACACUCAGAAAUGUUGGAGACCCCUGGUCUGGAUGUUCAUGGUUUUGGGGAUAGGUUGACUACAUUCUGGUACUUUUUUUCUCCAUUGUUUUAGUUUUUACAUCAUCAGUGUUUAAAAAUGAGGUAAAAUCAAACAAUGAUGUUUUUCUCAAAGAAAUUAACAAUAGUGACCACAGAGUUGACACUGUAGUAAUGAACUGGUUACAGGUUAAAGUUCCUUCUUGACUUUGAGUAAAGUAGUUGAACAGCAUAAUCCUAACUUGGGGUUCAGAUCAGAAUCAGAAUCGGGUUUAUUGCCAAGUAAGUUUUUUGUCUUGGUGCAUUGGUGCAUAAAAAUCACACAAAAAUAAAGUACUUUUUAAAAUAUACAUAAAUAAAGAUAAGGAUAAAGAUAGAAAGAUCCAAACUGUACAGGAAAGAUAUUUACAAUGGUCUUCAUCAGUGGAUGGGGGGACUCAGUCAUGGAGAUGGUUCAGUUGUCAUUGUGUGUUGUUGCAACUUCAAUCAUGUAAUGGCAGGUGAUUAUAUAUAGGGAGAGAUGGUAAACCCCGUUUCUGUUCAAAGGGCUGUAUUCGGGAACCACCUGUACUGCCGACAAAUGCAGAAUGUUUUACAUACUGCAUACCGCUUUUCAUACUAGUAUGCAGUAUGAAACUGUUAAAUUAAUUGAUUUUGCAGUGUGCUAGGCAAGACUCAACUGGUUUCAGGUUUUGGAAAGCAGAAGUAAACAAUAGCACAGCUAAUGGCUUACUGUGUAACAUCCCAUUAUGCUCUAUGUUAGAUGUUAUGAAUGUGGAUUUUCUCAAAGAUGCCUGAGAGAUGGGUAACAUGUAUCUGAGGAUUGGAAAGAACUAGAUUAACCGGUGUUUUGCUAGAGAGAAAGACAGUUCCUAAUCUACAUUCAUAGAGAUGUAACUAGCAAAAUGCUAACUAGCAAGCUAAUGCCUAUAUGUAGAUUAGUUAGUUAACAUUUUGCUAAGAUAGCUAACUUAAAAUGUGACUAUAUAUGUGUCACUUUUAUCACUUAACCAUCUUUAAAAUUUGGUUAUCUUUUCAAUAUAGAGAGCCUAGCACAUAGCAUAUCAAAGUACAGGAAAGGAGAAACUUUCUCCUGACUUAGAAGGGGUCCAUUUGGACCAUGGUAUCAAGACAAUCAAAAACCACAGACAGGAGUCCAAUUCACAUCUUCAAGCACCUUCGUCACUGCUUCUUAUCUGCAAGGAAACAUUAACUCAAGAUGAUGCACACCAAAACAAGGCUUUAUCAAGCUCACUUGAAAAAAAAAAUCUCACAGUAUUUUUCUAAAUAUCCACUUUUAUAUCUCCCAUUUGUAAUGCUUUGGGCAGUUUGGUUUACUUCUUUCCCCUUUUAUUAAGAAUUAAUAUUUAUAUCCACCUUACAACCUGCAUUUCACAUCAUAAGUUUUAUAUAGAAAAAUUGUCAAAUCACUUUUGUACACCAUUAAAACAUUUACUCAAA